AUGUGGACACUGAUUCGAGGGCGCCAAGAGAAGGAGGGGAAGUGCUUCGAAGAGAGAUGUCGGAAUUUGAUGGUGAUGACAGAUGAAAUUUCUACUACCAUAUCCGGUUGUAUAACUAUCACCGCCGACGGAAACAACUGUACCAUCAGAAUCCACGAUCCGGUGGUGAAGAAGGCGUUUGAUAUGUUGGCCAUGCAGAUUGGAAGUCUGACUUUGCAUGGAUUAAGCGACGACGACAAUGAAGCGGUGGAAAAUUCCAGGAUGGUCGAGAGUGAACAACGCCGUUGGGAACAGAAGUUGGUAUGGGAAGAUGAUCUACGCCGCGAAUAUCUUCGACGCCUUUGGUUCCGCUUGUACCACAAGGUGCAUGACUGCAAUUGCCGACAAUGCUUGGAUUUCUACCUGCCUCACCGUGAUCCCACUCCAUCUCCACCACUUCCACCCAUGCCUGAGGAGGACAGUGAUAGCGAUUGUUCCUAG